CCCGCGCCCGCCGCCGCGCCGCGCCCCGGCCGGGCGUGGAUGGAGGGCGCCGCGCGCCCUGCCCGCUGCUCGGCGUGACGCGGGCCCGGCGCCCCGCGCCCACCAUGUCCUAUCCGCAGGGCUACCUGUACCAGGCGCCCGGCUCGCUGGCGCUCUACUCGUGCCCGGCGUACGGCGCGUCGGCGCUGGCGGCGCCGCGCAGCGAGGAGCUGGCCCGCUCGGCGUCGGGCUCGGCGUUCAGCCCUUACCCGGGCUCCGCGGCCUUCACGGCGCAGGCGGCCUCCGGCUUCGGCAGCCCGCUGCAGUACUCGGCCGACGCCGCCGCCGCCGCCGCCGGCUUCCCGUCCUACAUGGGCGCGCCCUACGACGCGCACACGACGGGGGUGGCGGGCGCCAUCAGCUACCACCCAUACGGCAGCGCGGCCUACCCUUACCAGCUCAACGACCCCGCGUACCGCAAGAACGCCACGCGGGACGCCACGGCCACGCUCAAGGCCUGGCUGAACGAGCACCGCAAGAACCCGUACCCCACCAAGGGCGAGAAGAUCAUGCUGGCCAUCAUCACCAAGAUGACCCUCACGCAGGUGUCCACCUGGUUCGCCAACGCGCGCCGGCGCCUCAAGAAGGAGAACAAGAUGACGUGGGCCCCGAGGAACAAAAGCGAGGACGAGGACGAGGAGGAGGGCGACGCGGCGAGGAGCAAGGGGGAGAGUCCAGACAAGGCGCAGGAGGGCACCGAGACCUCGGCCGAGGACGAAGGGAUCAGCCUGCACGUCGACUCGCUCACGGAUCACUCGUGCUCGGCCGAGUCGGACGGGGAGAAGCUGUCUUGUCGGGCGGGGGACCCCCUGUGCGAGUCGGGCUCGGAGUGCAAAGAUAAGUACGACGACCUGGAGGACGACGAGGACGACGAGGACGACGGCGAGCGGGACCUGGCGCCGCCCAAGCCCGUGACCUCGUCGCCGCUCACCGGCGUGGAGGCGCCGCUGCUGAGCCCCCCGCCCGAGGCCGCGCCCCGCGGUGGCGGCGGCGGCGGCGGCGGCGGCGGCGGUGGCAAGAUGCCCCUGGGCAGCCGGACGUCGCCGGGCGCGCCGCAGCCCGCCAGCAAGCCCAAGCUGUGGUCUCUGGCCGAGAUCGCCACGUCGGACCUCAAGCAGCCGAGCCUGGGCCCGGGCUGCGCGCCGCCGGGGCUGCCCGCGGCCGCCGCGCCCGCCUCGACCGGGGCGCCUCCGGGCGGCUCCCCGUACCCCGCCUCGCCGCUGCUCGGUCGCCACCUCUACUACACGUCGCCCUUCUACGGCAACUACACAAACUACGGGAACUUGAACGCGGCGCUGCAGGGCCAGGGGCUCCUGCGGUACAACUCGGCGGCCGCCGCCCCCGGAGAGGCGCUGCUCUCGGCGCCCAAGGCGGCCAGCGACGCGGGCAAGGCGGGCGCGCACCCGCUGGAGCCCCACUACCGGCCCCCGGGCGGCGGCUACGAGCCCAAGAAAGAUGCCAGUGAGGGCUGCACCGUGGUCGGUGGGGGCGUCCAGCCCUACCUAUAGAAGCCCCAGCUCAGCAAUGCAAGUAGGUGUCACAAUUGCUUUGGAAAAAAAAAAAAAAGUCAGCAGGCCAUUCUCUCUCCCCAAGUUCAUAAAUAUACAGAUAGAAAAAAACCAUCUCUAAAUCCGGACCGCAUCUUGCCCCACUGUAAACGAGGAGCCACAGACUCUGACAGAACAGACCUUUGUUGGACAUAACGUGAAUUUGUUGGCAUAGUAUAGCUUCCCCCGAUGUACGUGUGACUUUUGAAAACAAUCUUUUUUCUCAGGAUAUCUUGAAUUGAUCACUUCAUUGCCACGGUAUAUAUUCUAUAGGUGUGAUAGGAUUUACUGUAAAAUUUAUUUGUAAAAGAUGUACACAGUAGAAAUAAAACGUGAUUGAAGAACUUGAGUACUUAAGAAGUGGAAACAAAUUUGAUAUUUAUUUUUAUAAUGAUAUAAAGCUUCUAGUAAUUUAUGCAAGUUGUAUUGCAAUGGAAUCUAAACUUUUUGUAAAUAAAUUCUGCCUGGUUUUUAUUUGAACAUUGCUGGUUAUACAAUCUUUGUUGGUUGUUUAACAAGAAUUCUCUACUAAUUUAUAUCUUAAAUUGUAAAUAAAAACAGACUAGUCUACAACAA